AAAACACCGCAGAGGCUUGCAGUGAUGGAUGGACUUUUCGGGGCACACUCCCUACUGCAACCCGCAGGCUGUUGUCUUGGGUUUUUUUUCCCCCUGCACCUUAUAUUUGAUUCCUUCGUUGUAAAAAAAAAAAAAAAAAAAAAAGUUUUCAAUUUAUAAUAUUAUGAUUUCCACAGGAACCUUUUUAACUCUUUUUUUUUAGAUGCAACUCAUACUUCUUUCGCAUUUAAAAUAAUUCUUAUAAUUUAUAAAUUCUAUAGCACACCACUUAUAAUUUUGUCAGAUUACACGUUAUUUAUACUGCGCAAGGAGUCACGGCCUUUGCUUACUUCUAAAAAUAACGGAGGAAGAAUUUCCUCUCUUUACUUUUAAUAUUGCUACAUCAUCUAAGUACUUUAAUAAGUAGACCGUGCACCCAACUGGUUUUAAUCUUCAUGAUUGACGCCACGUGCUGUAGCCUUGCACUAAUUUACAGACGCGGUUAAUCGCAGAGAAUUAUCUUUGAGCCUGCUGUUUACCGGAAGGCUGCUGGUUUUGUUUAACUAAGGCUAUGUCCAUAUGUACUCAGAAUGAUAAGAAAAAUUGAAACAGUUCUUUUUAUUAAAACCAAGUAAUUUUUCUGAGAUCCCAGAACUCAAGCACAAGCUAGAUUCAUGUUUGGGACGGGUGUCCAGGGACGGAGAGGCAGGUGAGAGGGAGGUGGCUAAGCCGGCUAUGGUGACAAGACGAUGUUGGCCAGAAAGAGUAUCAUCCCAGAGGAGUAUGUGCUGGCGCGCAUCGCCGCGGAGAACCUGCGCAAGCCGCGCAUCCGAGACCGCCUCCCCAAAGCCCGCUUCAUCGCCAAGAGCGGGGCCUGCAACCUGGCGCAUAAGAACAUCCGUGAGCAAGGACGCUUUCUACAGGACAUCUUCACCACCUUGGUGGACCUGAAAUGGCGCCACACGCUGGUCAUCUUUACCAUGUCCUUCCUCUGCAGCUGGCUGCUCUUCGCUAUCAUGUGGUGGCUGGUGGCCUUUGCCCAUGGGGACAUCUAUGCUUACAUGGAGAAAAGUGGAAUGGAGAAAAGUGGUUUGGAGUCCACUGUGUGUGUGACUAAUGUCAGGUCUUUCACUUCUGCUUUUCUCUUCUCCAUUGAAGUUCAAGUUACCAUUGGGUUUGGAGGGAGGAUGAUGACAGAGGAAUGCCCUUUGGCCAUCACGGUUUUGAUUCUCCAGAAUAUUGUGGGUUUGAUCAUCAAUGCUGUCAUGUUAGGCUGCAUUUUCAUGAAAACAGCUCAGGCUCACAGAAGGGCAGAAACUUUGAUUUUCAGCCGCCAUGCUGUGAUUGCCGUCCGAAAUGGCAAGCUGUGCUUCAUGUUCCGAGUGGGUGACCUGAGGAAAAGCAUGAUCAUUAGUGCCUCCGUGCGCAUCCAGGUGGUCAAGAAAACAACUACACCUGAAGGGGAGGUGGUUCCUAUUCACCAACUGGACAUUCCUGUUGAUAACCCAAUCGAGAGCAAUAACAUUUUUCUGGUGGCCCCUUUGAUCAUCUGCCACGUGAUUGACAAGCGCAGCCCCCUGUAUGACAUCUCAGCAACUGACCUGGCCAACCAAGACUUGGAGGUCAUAGUUAUUCUGGAAGGAGUGGUUGAAACUACUGGCAUCACCACACAAGCACGAACCUCCUACAUCGCUGAGGAGAUCCAAUGGGGCCACCGCUUUGUGUCCAUUGUGACUGAGGAAGAAGGAGUGUAUUCUGUGGAUUACUCCAAAUUUGGCAACACUGUUAAAGUAGCUGCUCCACGGUGCAGUGCCCGAGAGCUGGAUGAGAAACCUUCCAUCCUUAUUCAGACCCUCCAAAAGAGUGAACUGUCUCAUCAAAAUUCUCUGAGGAAGCGCAACUCCAUGAGAAGAAACAAUUCCAUGAGGAGGAACAAUUCUAUCCGAAGGAACAACUCUUCCCUAAUGGUACCAAAGGUGCAAUUUAUGACUCCAGAAGGAAAUCAAAACACAUCGGAAUCAUGACAGCAAGAUAACCCCAAGACAGUCUUUUAUCAAGUUUCGAUGGUUUAUGCCGGGCACUGUCAGACUGAACCAGAGCUGGAACACAAUAAUGUGUCCUUCUACAUUUUAUUACACUAAAUGAUAUUCGUAUUCAAGCAACAGCACUUUCUGUAGUAAUAAAAAGUAACACACAAA